AUGCCGGCUGAUAUCAUGUCUUCCUGUCGCGCCGAACACUUCGGGCCUUUGAGCAAAAAGACUUGCGAUGCUGAAAUCAAGUCUGGAUUCUUGGUGCUCCUGGGUCGUGGAGGAAUUCGCCAGGACGUGCGAGUGGUGGUCUACCGAACGUCCCAGGAACAUUUCGCUUCUAUAUACCCAAGGAAACGAUUAUCGAAGCCAAUAGGUAUCGUCAAUUUAAGAAAUACUGCCGUAGAGCGAGUGGAAACGAAUUGUGGAUUUUUUGUCAGACAAAAAGGUUAUGAUAAUGCAAUCUCAGCGAAGUUUAUGUGCCCAGAGCGGGAUAUAGACGCAUGGUUAUCGGCCUUCUCUAAUUCUUCUACAAACACGUGCCAACAUAAUACAAGUCUACCGGUUUUAGUGGAAGCCGAGGAAGCAUAG